GUAGCGUCUUUUUACCCCAACACGAUUCAAGUUUGAUGUUGGUUUGUUGCAACAAAGUGUUCAGUAAAGAAUAUUUUAAAUAUGACUAAUACAAAUGGGUUUUCAGAUUCGCAAGAGUCUGCAUUACUUGACGAAGAAGUAUUCAAUGAAUUGGAGAAAGAGAUUGGAAGUAACACAUUGCCAUUCUUGGCAGUCGACGUAAUGGAGCCAGAUAUCGAAGAAAAAUACAAUGUAACUUUGACGCAACAAUAUAUAUAUGAAAAAAGAAUGAAAGAUGACGAUCAGGAAGAAUAUUAUCAAGAACCAGAAACAUCACCCCCCGCGAGGGAAGAAUUUCCCGGGUUUUACAAUUUUACUUUCUCGCUGGCUACUCAGGAUUGUAAACAAUUGAUUUAUUCUCAGUUAUUGAGAAAAGUGUUUAUUAACAUGGAGCAACCCAUGCCUAUACAUUUUAAAUGGGAUCCACCAGCGGAUGGUCUUUUUUUACGGACUGCCAUGGUGUUCAGUUUGGAUCAAUAUGCAAGCGACCCAGUCAAAAGAUGCCAUAACCAUAUGGCACUGAAUAAUUUGAGUAAUCGUGAUAUAGAUCCGAGGGUAAUCAAACAUGUUGUUCGUUGUAUGGAUCAUUCUAGCAUGUACGAAGAAAAUAACGAGCGCUUGUCCAUAUUGACGCCGCUGCACACACCUCAACCUGGAUCACAGUAUGUUCUAUUGAAUUUUAAGUUUCUAUGUAAAAAUAGUUGUCCAUCUGGUAUGAAUCGUAGACCUACAGAAUUAGUCUUCACUUUGGAAGAUGGCGAAAAGAGAGUAUUGGGUCGACGUAGGCUUCUUGUUAGAAUUUGUAGUUGUCCGAAAAGAGAUAAAAAAAAGGAGGAAGCAGAAACAGCUGAUGCACAACCUGUGGUAAAAAAGAGGAAACUCUGUUUACCGGUCGGGAAAAAAAUAAUGCCGUCUUUCGAUACGCAUGUGUUUAAUAUUCAACUAAAUAUAGUUGGAAAAGAAAAUUAUUUGUCAAUAUUGAAAUAUGCGUAUGAUAUUAUGGCAGGUCAAGCCACGCGAACUGGGCAAUAUGAAUUUUUCAAACCGUACAUGGAUGAUAUAUUACGUAAAACUCCAUAAUUGCUUGAAUUUUUAUGUCUUUUAUAAUAUCUUAUGUGCCUUAAAGAUAAAAAAAAAACAAGUAUGUUUUACUGUUAUCUAAUUGUAUAUUUUACAAAUUUAACAAUGCAUUAACAA